AGUCAUUCCAUUCCUAUUCCCGCCUGUUUAAAAUCGAUUGACAGCGUUUGCGAAAUUUCUAUUGCGUUUGCAAAAAAGUGGCGAGCAACUUUAAAGUUUUGUGAAAUAUUCAAAAAUACCUAAAAAUAAAACGCAUAAGAAACAGUUUUAUUCACAAUAAAUUAUUUAGUUAAUCAUGGCAGGAAUAACUCCAUUGUCCACCGGCGUUAUUGAACGCAUAAUGCGAGGGGAAGAAGUAGAUAAACCUAUUUUGCAGAUAUUGGGCACAAAGAAAAUCACCGGUGGUGAAACAGAUCGCCUGCGCUUGCUGAUUUCCGACGGCAAAUAUAUCAACAGUUAUUCCAUGUUAGCAACGCAACUAAAUCAUUUGCAUGCCGAAGGAAAGCUUGCGGAAUAUACUAUAGUCCAAGUGGACAAAUAUAUAACAUCAGUAGUUAAUGCGAAAGAUGCUGGCAAGCGUGUGUUAAUAAUACUAGAGUUGAGUGUUCUAAACCCAGGCGCGGAAGUAGGCAGAAAGAUUGGAACACCCGUUUCUUACACGGAGGAUGCCGCUGCUCAAAGUAAUAAAGCCAAUUCAAGUAGUAGUACUGCCCCCAAGCCAAAUGCUCCGGCAAAUUCAUUUAAAAACGAUACAAAACCGUCCCUAUACAACAACAAUAACAAUAGUAUGUUGAAUCAGUCACUGAACUCUGGGCUUACGCAUCCAAUCUCUAGCCUGAGCCCAUAUCAAAAUAAGUGGGUUAUUAAGGCACGUGUUACGGCCAAGGGUCCCAUGCGCACCUGGAGCAAUGCAAAAGGUGAGGGCAAGCUUUUUAGCAUGGAUUUAAUGGACGAGUCAGGAGAAAUACGCGCGACUGCUUUUCGUGAGCAGGCUGAGAAAUUCUACGAUUUAAUCGAAGUUGAUCGCGUCUACUUCAUUUCAAAAUGUCAACUUAAACCGGCAAAUAAACAGUUUACAUCACUGAAAAAUGACUAUGAAAUGACAUUGACUGGGGAAACAAUGAUCCAAGCAUGCGAGGAAGACGACAGUGAUAUUCCAGAAAUAAAGUACGAUUUGGUACCAAUAUCUCAGGUGGCCAAUCUUGAGCCUCGUACAAGUAUCGAUACAAUUGGUAUUUGCAAAGAAGUUACUGAGCUACAAACUUUUACUUCUCGUACAACUAAUAAAGAAUUUAAGAAGCGUGAGCUGGUACUCGUUGAUUCGAGCAAUGCAGCUGUAAAUUUAACUUUGUGGGGCGAUGAAGCUGUUAACUUCGAUGGCUAUGUGCAGCCAGUGAUUUUAGUGAAAGGUGCACGUGUAACAGAAUUCAAUGGUGGUAAAAGCAUUAGCAUGGGAAGUGGCUCUGUAAUGAAAAUAAACCCAGACAUUCCUGAAGGACAUAAAUUGCGUGGUUGGUUUGAUAACGGUGGUGGGGAACAUAUAUCAAAUAUGAUUUCAACCAGAACUGGUGGAGCUGGUGGUGGCUUUAGCACAGAAUGGUUAACAUUCCAUGAGGCACGUAUUCGGAAUUUAGGCGCCGGCGACAAGGCUGAUUACUUUCAAUGCAAAGGCAUUGUGCACAUUGUUAAAAGUCAAAACGCAUUUUACAAGGCUUGUCCGCAGCAGGACUGCAAUAAGAAAGUCAUUGACGAGAACAAUGGACAUUAUCGCUGUGAGCGUUGUAACGCCGUUUUUCCUAACUUCAAAUAUAGACUUUUAAUAAAUAUGAGUAUCGGUGAUUGGACCUCAAACCGCUGGGUCACUUGCUUUAGCGAAGUCGCUGAACAAAUGCUGAAACGUUCAUCUCAGGAAAUAGGUGAACUCUUAGAAAACAAUCCCCCUGAAGGUGAAGAAGUACUUUCGUCGAUUAACUUUACUUCGUAUAUUUUCAAAUUGCGCAGCAAAAUGGAAAUGUUUGGUGACAUGCAACGUAAUAAAUUGACAGUACAAUCUGUCGCUCCCGUAGAUUACAAGGAAUACAACAAAUAUUUGAUAAACAAUCUGAAGGAGUUAACUGGCAUCAACAAAAAUUGAAUUGAAUUAAAAUUGUUUAAGUUAUUUAUAUUUAUGUUUAUUUCUAUUUGCUCGUGUUACUAAAGCAUUUUUAUGCUAUACGAACUUAAAACUUUUUAACUCUCAAUAAAAUAUGAGCCCAUGGGUGUGUUUUGUAAA